AUGGAGCAGCAAUUUCUGUCCUUGUUUGAGUCAGCCAAGAAAUCUGCAGAUGCUGUGGUCACUUCUGCUUCAAUAUUUCCUGAAAUCUAUCGAUGCCUAGAUGCUUUGGACCAGCUUAAGAGGUUCCCCGUAACAUCAUCCAGGGUUCUUGUCUCCACUCCUGUUGCAAAAGGGGUUCAGCGUCUCACAAAGCACCGUGUAAAGAUGAUCAGGACUGCUGCUUCUUGCUUGCUCGAUACGUGGAGUAGGAAACUGUACUCAAGAAACCCUGCCAUUGAUGGAAAACCUCAGCCAACAAGGUCUGGCAGUGGGUCAAGAACUGGGGUUCUUACUGUCAAGAUACACGGAAGAGUAAUCGGAAGGAUUAAAGUUAACAUGCCUAUUAAGACAGUAAAGAUUGCAGAGAAGAAGAUAAAACAAGAGAAGGAAAAUGGGUUUACUUGUUUCAAGAAACCAACUCAAGAACCUGCCAUGCGCUUCACAAAGCCAGGGAAAGUGCAAAGCAUGAGGCGGUGUUUCAAGAAACCACCAGAAGCAUCUGCCAAGUGCAACACAAUGCAAGAGAAAGUGAGAGAUUCAAGUGGUAGUUUCAAGAAACCCUGUGCCAAGGGCAUUACACAGCAAGACAAUGUGAAAGAUUUUUGUAGUUUCAAGAAACCAUCAGAGGAACCAGUGAAGCGCAGCGAUGCCUUGCGUGGCAAGAUGGGGCCUUUCAAUGGCACCAAACAAUUGAAGUACAGGUCUAUAUUGUUCAACCUGAAGGAUCCAAAGAAUCCAGAUUUGAGAAGGAAAGUCUUUCUUGGACAAAUUAAGGCAGAGAAACUUCUGACUAUGACAUCAGAAGAGAUGGCAAGCAGUCAAAGGCAAUUCGAGAAUGAGCAAAUCAGGAAGAAAUCUAUGUGCAAGAAGAUGAAGAAUGCAGAACUGGAGAACAAAUCAGUUGAUCCUAAGGAGUAUUGA